UCAAACAGGGAAAGUUAUAAACGCAAAGGAAUCUGUCUGUGUGUCCUGCUGUCUUUCUUUGAGAAGAAAACGAUUUAUUUUUUUAAGUUUUGAGCAGUCUGAGUAAGGCAGGCUGUAGAGGGGAGAAGCUGUCAGAAGUACCUGUCAUUACAAAGCUGACAAUCUUAUUGACAGUCCUAACUUACACAGUUGAGCAGAAUCCAGGAAAGGACAGAUGAGGCCAGCAUUGUAUGAGUUCUGAGGCACUAAAGGAGAAUCAGGGAGCUGUAUGGAUAAACAGCAGUUCUGAAGCUGCUUGUGAUAUUUUCGCAUUGGAACAGUUGACUGGCAGGCCCUCGAUCUUACGGCAGUCACAGGCUGACAACAUCAGCAAGGCUGUGCACAGAGGUGCAAAGGUUUGUUUUCAAACUCCACGGCGAGACCCAGUCACAAAGAAGAUCAUGUCCCCGAGCCGCACCAGUAUGCCGUCCAGCCAGGAGGACAGUAAUAAAGCACUGGACACUCUCACGGCCUCUACUGACCAGAGUUCACUGUUGAGUAACCCUUCCACCAUACCGAUUGACAUGCAGAGUAACAGCGUUGCCUUCCCUGAUGAUGAGAUCCCUGUCCAGAGCAGAGGUGCCUAUACCUUCAAUCCUGACAAUCUAGAUGCCAUCAACCCUUUUGUGGGGUCCAAUAAAAUGGAGAAUUCUCCUCCUAAAUCUUCUGCUUUACCGGAGUCUUGGACAUCAGAGCUUUUAGGGUCAGAUGCGUCUGCAGCCCAUGUUUCUGUACCUCAAGCUGAGGUUCCAGAGGUGACUGACACUGCACUUGAUGAGACUCUUCCCUUUGUUCCAUCAGUGGAGAAUUCCUUUGCAGAAUGUUCUGCCAACAUAUCUUCAGCAGAAGGCACCGUCAUCAUCAAGACUGACAAUAUUGAACACAGUGCCACAGAUGUGGAGGAGUCUGAUAUGACUGAACAAGCACCCGCGUCACAGCAGAUUCCUGUUUUAGAAGAUCAGCCUGAGAUCCAGGACUCGCCGCGACCCCCUGUGGGAUCCUACAACUUGGAUUUUGAUGAUCUCAGUUUGCUCAACCCAUUCCAAACUGGUGGCUCAAAGAUCCCAAACUCUCCUCUUAUUGGCAAGGCAUCAGAAGUUUCCGAUCCACCCCUGCCAAGCCAAGAAACUAAACAGGAGCUCUCAGUCCAUACCCCAGAUAUCCCAACAUCUUCAGAGGCCUCCAUGCCUCCUCAGGACAACACCACGACCAUGGAAGCCUCAUCUACAACACCUCCUAAAGAGAACCAGAUGCUCCUAGAGUUUAAUUUUGAUGAUGGCACUGAAGUCAAGCGCAAACCUCCUCCGAAACGUCUUGGGGUCAAAAAACCUGCAGGUCCAAAACCUGUUUCCAAAAAAACAGCUGCACCAGCCAUGGAAAAGAAAGAACAAGAACCCAAGCAGUUGUCUCCUAAGAAUCCAGAGGAGACUGGGCCUGUGGAUGUUCCUAUUGCUAAAAGUUCUUAUACAUUUGAUUUUGACAAGUUUGAUGACCCAAACUUUAACCCCUUUGGCACAAAGGUUAAGAUGGGUAACUCUCCACCUCGUGGUGUCCAGACAAGCCCAGUUUUGAUGAAAGAACCAGCUCCACUUCAGCAAUCUGAGGCUCCUGCACAGGAUGACCAACCAGAGCACUGGUCUCCCCCCUCAGUUUCUGAAACCAUUGAAAAUAUGGCAGAUGCUGAUCUUCCUGUCACUAAGCUGCCGACAGAAAGUGCAGAGUCAUUCAAUGUGCCCGUUACUAACAUAUCCCAGAAUCCAGCAAUACAGGAGCCAGAGCUCAUGGCAACACAAGAAUCUAAAUUGGAUCUACAGAAUCAGACCUGUGAUCUUGGAGUGGUGGCACCAAGUGAGGAUGAGUUUGUGCCGGGAGCAUUGUUCAUGCCAGGGGGAGAUUUGGAUGGACAGAUUGAUUAUCUAGAGCAGUUUGGAUCAAGCACUUUUAAGGAGUCUGCCUUGCGGAAGCAGUCACUGUAUUUGAAGUUUGACCCACUCUUGAAGGAGAGUCCAAAGAAAACUGGAGUGGACAGUGGCAACUCUGGAUUCAGCCUGCCACGGCCUUCUCUUGCCAUCAGAAUGAUGGAGGCUGCAAAGUCUGAAGUAAAGCAGAAGUCUUGCAGUGACAGUAUGAAGCUGCUGGAUUAUCUGCCACCACAACCAGUGGAAACUGUGGUGCCAGAUCCAGCUGUUCUGGACUUGCUGGUUCCCACUUUAAAACAGCCAGUGAAGACGGAGGACUCCAUCAUAGAAGUUCUGAAGUACAGUCAGAGAGACAUGGAUGCUGCAUUACAGAAAGCAGAGAGACAGGCAGAGGAACGGCAUCAAGAGCUUAAGACUCAGAUUGAGAAGCUGCAACUGGAAAAUCAACACAUGCUGUUUAUAGUGUCAGAGUUUGAGGCCACCAUCACUCAAAUCACAGAUGAGCAUAAACAGAAGGAAGAUUUGGCUAAAAUUGAGUUGGAGCGAGUCCUUCAGGAAAAGGAUCAGCUGUCCAAAGAUUUGAAUGAGUUGGAGGGAUCCUUCUCAUCUGUUGUCAAACGCCUUGACAGAUGCAAGGAAGUUAUUGAGGGAUUCAAAAAGAACGAGGAAACUCUGAAGCAGUAUGCGCAGAACUGCAUGGACAGACUGCAGAAAGAGGAAAAGCGUUAUCAAGCUUUAAAGGCCCAUGCUGAGGAGAAACUAGAUCAUGCGAAUAAGGCCAUAGCUGAGGUUCGUACUAAACAGGGCGCAGAGGUGGCAGCACUGCAGGUGCAGCUCAAGAGGGAACAGCUGAAGGUUCAGUCCCUAGAAAAGGAUCUGGAACAAAAGGUUAAAGAAGUCAAAGAUGUCACAGAAUUGUGUGAUGAGCUGCUGCUUAAAGUGCAAAAGCAUGGUUUUUAGUUUUUUUUUGUUCAUUAUUGGUGUUUGUUCGUUUUUUGUAUUUGUUCAAAGCAAUUUUAAUAAAUAAUAAUAAUUAAAAGUA